GCCUGGCCGGCGCGCGCUGCAUCGUGCUGCCAGAGGGGCCGCGCCCAGGACUCCCCCCAGCGCCGCGGGAGCGCGCCCCUCCUCUUUCUCUGCCUCGCGGGAGCGCGCGCCCCGCCCCGCCUUCCCGCCCUGCCAGGAGGAUGCGCCCGGGGGCGAGACGGGGCCGCUGCGCUUCGCUGGCCCCAGCCCGGAGCCAGGUGCCGCCUCCGGCCCGCAGGAGCUGUGGUUGAGAUGGAAGGCUGAGGAGCUAAACCUUAUGCUGGCGGUCUACAUAUGGACACUAAGGCUUGAGUGAACACGCAAUGAAAAUGCUUCCUGGAGUGGGCGUUUUUGGGACUGGCAGCACUGCCCGGGUACUGGUACCUUUGUUGAGAGCAGAGGGUUUCUCCAUCGAAGCACUUUGGGGGAAGACUGAAGAGGAAGCAAAGCAGCUAGCAGAAGAAAUGAACAUUGAGUUCUACACGAGUCGGACUGAUGAUGUCUUGCUGCACCAGGAUGUAGAUUUGGUUUGCAUCAACAUCCCUCCACCACUAACCCGGCAAAUUGCUGUGAAAGCUCUAGGUAUUGGGAAGAAUGUAAUCUGUGAGAAAUCUGCUACCUCUGUGGAUGCCUUCAGAAUGGUUACAGCUGCCAGAUAUUACCCAAAGCUGAUGAGCAUUGUUGGUAAUGUCCUCCGUUUCCUGCCUGCCUUUGUCAAAAUGAAGCAGUUAAUAGAAGAACACUACAUAGGCAAUGUGAUGAUCUGUGAUGUGCGAGUGUACUGGGGAAGCCUGCUCAACCACAAGUACAACUGGAUCUGUGAUGAACUAAUGGGAGGAGGUGGACUGCACACAAUGGGCACCUAUAUUAUAGACCUCUUAACUCAUCUAACCAGCAGGAAGGCAGAGAAGGUCCAUGGCUUGCUUAAGACUUUUGUGAAGCAGAACGCAGCUAUCAGUGGAAUCCGUCAUGUCACUAGUGAUGACUUCUGCUUUUUUCAGAUGCUUAUGACUGGAGGUGUCUGUAGCACUGUGACUCUCAACUUUAACAUGCCUGGAUCAUUUGUUCACGAAGUCAUGAUUGUUGGGUCCACAGGUCGCCUUAUAGCUCGUGGGACAGAUUUGUAUGGGCAGAAGAAUACAGCACUCCAAGAGGAACUACUGCUUACAGAUUCUCUGACCAUCAACACAGGCCUUCUGGACAAGGGGUUUAAAGACAUCCCCUUGCUGUACCUGAAAGGAAUGGUGUACAUGGUGCAAGCAUUGAGACUGUCUUUCCAAGACCAGGAAGACCGUCGGACAUGGGAUCACAAACCAGUCUCCAUGGCAGCCUCUUUUGAAGAUGGCCUCUACAUGCAAAGUGUAGUAGAUGCCAUUAAAAAAUCCAGCAGGUCUGGGGAGUGGGAAACUGUGGAAGUGAUGACUGAGGAACCAGAUGCCAAUCAAAACCUUUGUGAGGCACUUCAAAGAAAUAACCUAUAAAAUAUAAACAUUCCUGGUGUCCACUAUGGAAAAUGAGAACAGUUGAAGAUGUCCAGACGUAGCUAUAGAAGUUUCUCAGUUUUUAGGACAUGUAGGUUCUUAUUUAAUACUUUUGGUUUUUCAUACUUGUGGGUAAAACAUGUCAUGGUCUGAUGAAACUGUUCCUCCCUGGGCAGAUUAUUUUGUUUUUAAACUCGUUUAGAGAGUUUUAAAUGUUUUGGGGUUUUGGUGGGGUUUUUAGUUUUUUAAAGCUGAAUUUCUGUUUUGGAGAUUGUUAGGAAAACUUGAAUUGCCCUUUGCACUUGCAGUAGCUAAAAUGAAGUGAGGGAUCUUUUGUUGGAUUGUUGGGAGACAGGACACAGUCCCUCUUGCACAUAGUUCAGUUAUUUUUACAAUUUUAAUCUGAGAGCAAGUAGAGCAAGAUCAGGGAGUAUGUACUGUUCUUGCUCUCGCUAAUAGGACUUUCACUGACUUUUUUUUAAGUUUAUUCUUCAGCUUGUAAAACUUUAAUAAAGAAAAGUGUAAUGACAUGGCAAAUCUCUAAACUCGAGUGUUAAGAAGAGUAGAAGGGACAGAGCAAAGUCUGUAAGAUACAGAUCAAGCUUAAUGUUCUGCGCACAGUGAGUGUGUUGAAUGUUUCAAAUUAAUUUCAAUUGGUAUCUAAUUACCCCAUGGAUUCUCCAUUGACAUUAUUGAUAGUCUCUGCGUGAUCAUUAGACGAGUUGGAACACUAUGAUUAUUUCAGCUGCUGUUCCAUCUGUGUGACUGUUGUUCCUCCAUAGCAAAUACUUAGGAGACUAAUACCUCACGUCAACUUUUUUCCGCAACUUCCCUCCCCCAGACCAAUUGUGAAUUUGUGUUCACUGCCUUGGCAGCAUGUAUGCCAAAUCUACAUCAGUGUUUCCAGUCCUAUGUGAUGUAGUAAAGCCCCCAGAAGCUUACUAGGUGGUGCACUUGGAUUCCUUAAUAUGCUAUCUAUUUGAGAAUGAGACCGGAAAACAUUAAGCCUUCUAGGAGCUUGAACUUGGAUGAAAAAGUAGGAAAUAUGCCAUUACUAUACUCUUCUGUGCCGGCAAGGGGAUCACUACAAUACACAGGAAAGAAAAUGGUGACUGAAUCAUUAGGGCAGUGAUGGCCUUCGGUUUGGGUGAGCCUGUUUUAAAUCAUGAACACUGGAUAAUAUUACCCCUCCACAUACACACACACCUUAUAGUUUUGUACCCAGUGGGGAUAAUUUGUGCUGCUGGCAGAUCUUGAAUGAAUUUCCACUCCAUCCCAGAAGUACGUUUGUUCAUUAGGCUGUCAUUGAGAAGGAGAGAAUUUUUAUUGAGUUUAUCUUGUUUACUUGAAUGUUUUAAUGUUUCCCACUAGGUUUUAACCCUGUAUAUUUAUAUAAAGCAUUAACAUGCAAACAUAACCUUUUCAUUAAAUGGUCCUUUCUGAAAAGUGUCUCUCACUUGUUUUCUACAGCAAUAAACAUUUAUGUUGGCU